AUGUCCAAGCCGAUUGUGCUUAUCCUUGGAGCAGGUGCCAAUGUAGGCACAGCCGUGGCCCACAGAUUUAGCGGAGAUGGGUAUCAGGGGUAUAUCAUGAUUCAAGCAGACUUGUCAGAGAAAACGGCAGUCCCUCGAGUCUUUGAGAAAGUGAAAUCUGCGGUCGGAAUCCCCAGUGUUGUUAUCUACAAUGUAAAGGGAUUUGAGCAGCUCCCGGAGAGUGCGAAGAAAACAUUCAUCUAUACUGGAAACUGGCUGAAUACAACUAUUUCAGCCUCCAGUGCUUUGCUCACUUUAGGAGUGGGCAAAGCAGCAAGAACAAAGCUAACCAUCACGCCUGAGGGAACAUCAAUGCGAACAGGUGUUGAUGGUAUGGCUCACGCCGAGUUCUUUAAGCAGCUUGCCAACAGACAGGACCCUUCUGUUCCGUGGCUUGCUACUUUUGUCAAGGGAAAAGGGUAUAUUAAUUUUGCCAAGUAA